ACUUCCAAAUUGGACAACUACGACGCGCUUCCAGCUCUCUCCCAUCCUCCUCACCCCCUCCAUCUCCGGCGAAACGGCGGCGGCGCCCGCUCCCCCGCCGGCGACCACGGCCACCGCAGCGGCGAGGGGAGUACGGCCGUGCCGCAUGGUAUCCCGCUUCCCUUCACCCAUCCGCUGGUCCCGCGGUCUACUGCGCGGGACAGUGAGCAGCAGCAGCCGCCGCGGGGUAUCCGCCAUGGCCAGAGGCGGAGAAGAGGGGAAGCUCGGGGAGUUCCUGGAGUACAUGGACCGGCUCCGCAACUACGAGCGCUCCGGCGUGCCACGCGGCGCCGGGACCGACUCCGACGACGGCUUCGACCUAGGCCGCAUGCGCCGCCUCCUCCGCCGCCUCGGGGAUCCCCAUACCCAUUACCCGGCUGUUCAUAUUGCCGGCACCAAGGGGAAAGGCUCGACUGCUGCGUUCCUGUCCAAUAUCUUGAGGGAGCAAGGCUACAAUGUGGGCUGCUAUUCCAGCCCACAUCUUCUAACAAUUCGAGAACGUAUUUCUGUCGGAGAACAUGGAGGCCCUGUUCCAGCUGCACUGUUGAGUGAUCUUUUUGAUCAGGCUAAGGAAGCUAUUGAUCAAUCGAUAGAAUCAGAAAGUGGAGCCUUGACACAUUUUGAGGUUUUUACCACUCUCUCAUUUCUCCUAUUCUCACGAGAAAAUGUUGAUUUCGCCAUCGUUGAAGCAGGUCUUGGGGGAGCUAGAGAUGCCACAAAUGUCAUAAGAAAUACUGAACUAGCUGCAUCAGUCAUAACAACAGUUGGGAAAGAACAUUUGGCUGCUUUGGGUGGUUCCCUCCAAAGCAUAGCAGUGGCAAAGUCCGGAAUCAUCAAGGAAGGGCAACCAGUUAUCAUUGGCGGUCCAUUUUCAACAGACAUCGAGCAAAUUAUUCGGGACAGAGCAUUCUUGACACAAUCUACCGUCAUAUCUGCUUGUGAUCCUGGUGUCCGGAGCAUCACAAGAUGCGUUGGUUGGGAUUAUGGAAAACCUUAUCAAAGUUGUGACAUUGCUGUGCAGAUUUCAAAUGAUAUGCCAUUGUCUAUGGAAUUGCAUGAUAUAAAACUCCAGCUGCUAGGAGACCAUCAGCGUCAGAAUGCUGUCACGGCUUCUUGCACCGCUCUAUGUCUCCGUGAACUAGGAUGGAAUAUAUCCGAUGCAUCUAUCCGAGCUGGUUUAGAGAAGACUCAAUUGCUGGGGAGAAGCCAAUUUCUUACACACGAUGAAGCUUCGGUCCUCGGGCUUGACAGGUCAUCCACCAUUCUAAUUGACGGAGCCCAUACCGAGGCGUCUGCAAAGGCCUUAUCUGAUGUGAUAAGAACCGUCGAACCAGAAGGACCUCUGGCUCUCAUCAUCGGAAUGGCUAAUGACAAAGAACAUCUCGCAUUUGCUGCGCAGCUUCUCUCAGGCAGAAGGCCGGACAUCGUGCUGCUGACCGAGGCGAGGAUCGCUGGAGGGACCGCCCGCUCCAUGCUGGCUUCAUCCCUGAAAGACAUCUGGACAGGCGUCGCGCACGACCAGGGCAUCGACUGCACAGAUAUUGGAGUGGUCACCAGUGACGAAUCCCCGGACCUUAUCGACCGUCUGGCUGCCGCGGCCACGUCGAGCCCCAACAAGCCUGCGCCGAUGAUGAUCGGGUGCGGAAACGCGCCGUUCUCCCGCGACCUGUUGAAGGCCGCCUCCCGGCUGCUCCAGGCCCGGUCCGACAACGGCGACGUAGGCGCUCCUGCCGGCCUGAUCUGCGUGACCGGCUCCCUGCACAUGGUCUCAUCAGUGCUGCAGCAACUCGAACAGUAGCUGUAGCUGCUGCAAGCUUAAAACAGUUAUACACAGUGCAUCAUUCUACAUGGUCGGAGAUCAGUUGCUUGAGGCAACCAAUCACACUGGAACUGGAUCCAGCUUCCAAAUAUCAGAUGGAGCUUGAGCAGAGCGUAGACUGUCGUUGACUCGUUGGGCUCGCUCUACUCUAGAAGCCAGUGUAUCACGUGGCAGUCCGACAUGGCUCUAGAAGCUGGUGCGCCACAUGGCAGUCCGACGUGGCUCUCACUGGUCAAUUGCCUGUCCUUUUCGUCUGGAACAAACUUGUUCAAAGAUAGUGUUGAGAUGAUCUCACGAUCCCAGCAUGCGCACAUUCCCAUGCGUGUCCCCAACGCUUUUCUUUCCUUUAUCUGUACCAAUCUGUUUUUUUAUUGACCGGUGAAAACAGCAGGAGAGUCUCCUACUGUGAUUUGUAUUAAUCAAGCAAAAAGGGUUACAGAGUUACAUAAGUACAAUCCUUUAUUUUUUUGCUCGCGUA